AACCAAGAAAGUUCUGACAACAUACACAGCUGGGUAGCCAAAGAAAUUAGCUAGACAGAAGCCAUGAAUGAAGCUCCCACAACUAGGGAAACCCCCUCCCAUCUGGAAGUGGUAGGUGAUGAUGAUGAGGAGGGGAAUAAUACUAAUAAUAAUGGAGAAGAAGAGGAGCAGGAAAGAGUAGUUGCAGUCCCAGAAAGCUGCCAUAGAUUGGUGCUGCCCGAAGAUGGGUAUGAAUGGAAAAAAUAUGGCCAGAAGUUCAUCAAGAACAUUGCAAAAUUUAGAAGCUACUAUCGAUGUGAAAAGGCAAAUUGUAAAGCGAAGAAGAGAGUAGAGUGGAGUAAAGAAGAAACGAAGGAGGUUCGAAUCGUGUAUGAAGGAGUCCAUUUCCAUCCCUCUUCUUCUUCUUCUUCUUCUUCUUCUUCUUCUUCGUCUUCUUCUUCCCUGACUGCAAACCAAUAUAAUUUGUUUACCCAAGUCUUUGGAGUUGGAUAUAACCCCCCACCACCUCCUCCUUAAGAUUUAUCAUUUUCAUAUAUCACCAUCGUAAUUAUAUAUAUCAGUAAUCUUA